CUCUUCCGCCAUUUCACCAGAGAGAAACAAACUCUUCUAAGUGACUUCAAAAAAAUGAACCUCGCAAUCCCGAAUCCAAACUCACACCACCUCUCCUUCCUCAUCCAAAACCCCACCUUCACCACAAACCGCCAAUUCCCCACCCCAAACCGCCUCACCUUCCUCUCCGGCUCCAAAAAGCCCCCCACCCUCACCAAAAUCAACGCCAAGACCAAAGACCUCGUCCUCGGAAACCCCUCCGUCUCCGUGGAGAAAGGCAAAUACUCCUACGACGUCGAAUCACUCAUCAACAAACUCAGCAGCCUCCCUCCACGUGGCAGCAUCGCGAGAUGCCUCGACAUAUUCAAAAACAAGCUCUCCCUCAACGACUUCUCCCUCGUCUUCAAGGAGUUCGCGUCCCGCGGCGACUGGCAGAGAUCCCUCCGCCUCUUCAAGUACAUGCAGCGGCAGAUCUGGUGCAAACCUAACGAGCACAUCUACACGAUCAUGAUCUCGUUGCUCGGGAGAGAAGGUUUGCUCGACAAGUGCCUCGAGGUGUUCGACGAAAUGCCGAGCCAAGGCGUCGCGAGGAGCGUGUUCUCGUACACGGCGUUGAUUAAUGCUUAUGGGCGUAACGGACGUUACGAGACGUCUCUUGAGCUUCUUGAUGGGAUGAAGAAGGAGAGGAUCUCGCCGAGCAUAUUGACUUAUAAUACGGUUAUUAACGCUUGUGCUAGAGGAGGGUUAGAUUGGGAAGGUUUGUUAGGUUUGUUUGCUGAGAUGAGACAUGAAGGGAUACAACCUGAUAUUGUGACUUACAACACGUUGCUUAGUGCUUGUGCUAUUAGAGGAUUGGGUGAUGAGGCUGAGAUGGUUUUCAGGACUAUGAAUGAUGGUGGGGUAGUUCCGGAUUUAGCUACUUAUAGUCAUCUCGUUGAGACGUUUGGGAAGUUGGGGAGGUUGGAGAAGGUUUCUGAUUUGUUGAGUGAGAUGGCUUCAGGGGGGAGUUUGCCGGAUAUUACUUCUUAUAAUGUAUUGUUGGAGGCUUAUGCGAAGUCCGGGUCGAUUAAGGAGGCGAUGGGGGUUUUUCAUCAGAUGCAGGGUGCAGGGUGUACGCCGAACGCGAAUACGUAUAGUGUUUUGUUGAAUUUGUUUGGACAGAGUGGGAGGUAUGAUGAUGUUAGACAGCUUUUUCUAGAGAUGAAGUCUAGUAAUACGGAUCCUGAUGCUGCUACGUAUAAUAUUUUGAUUGAUGUUUUUGGGGAAGGUGGGUAUUUCAAGGAGGUUGUGACUUUGUUUCACGACAUGGUGGAGGAGGAUAUUGAACCUGAUAUGGAGACUUAUGAGGGUAUAAUAUUUGCUUGUGGGAAGGGAGGACUUCAUGAAGAUGCUAGGAAGAUUUUGCAAUAUAUGACGGCUAAGGAUGUGGUGCCAAGUUCGAAGGCGUACACUGGGGUUAUUGAAGCGUUUGGGCAAGCUGCUUUAUAUGAAGAAGCACUUGUUGCGUUUAACACCAUGCAUGAAGUGGGAAGCAAUCCAAGUAUUGAGACAUUCCACUCGCUGUUGUAUUCUUUUGCAAGGGGAGGGCUGUUCAAGGAGUCAGAGGUGAUUUUGUCCAGGUUGGUGAAUUCUGGUAUUCCCAGGAACAGAGAUACUUUCAAUGCGACAAUCGAAGCCUACAAGCAAGGAGGCAAAUUUGAAGAGGCUGUGAAGACAUAUGUAGAUAUGGAGAAGUCAAGAUGUGAUCCUGAUGAGAGGACGCUUGAGGCUGUUUUAAGUGUGUAUUCUUGUGCACGACUUGUUGAUGAGUGCAGGGAGCAGUUUGAGGAGAUGAAAGCUUCUGAUAUACUACCCAGUAUCAUGUGCUACUGUAUGAUGCUAUCUGUUUACGGAAAAACGGAGAGGUGGGACGAUGCCAAUGAGUUACUGGAGGAGAUGCUUUCGAAUAGAGUAUCAAAUAUUCAUCAAGUUAUCGGGCAAAUGAUCAAGGGAGAUUAUGAUGAUGACUCAAAUUGGCAGAUAGUGGAAUAUGUCUUAGACAAACUCAAUUCAGAAGGAUGUGGUUUGGGAAUAAGGUUUUACAAUGCUCUUCUAGAUGCUUUGUGGUGGCUGGGCCAGAAAGAGCGAGCUGCAAGGGUACUCAAUGAGGCAACAAAACGUGGAAUUUUCCCUGAGUUAUUCCGUAGAAACAAACUCGUGUGGUCUGUUGAUGUGCAUAGAAUGUCAGAGGGUGGCAUGUACACGGCGCUAUCGGUUUGGCUAAAUGAUCUAAGUGAUAUGCUUGUAAAGGGACAGGAUCUUCCUCAACUAGCAGUAGUUGUUUCAGUACGGGGACAAUUGGAGAAAAGCUCUGCUGCAAGAGAAUCUCCCAUCACGAAAGCAGCUUUCUCCUUCUUACAGGAUCAUGUCUCGUCGUCAUUUUCCUUCACAGGAUGGAACGGAGGUCGCAUUAUGUGCCAACGGUCUCAGCUCAAGCAGUUACUGUCUACUCAAGAACCAACUUCAGAAGAGUCCCCAAAAACUAGCCUAGUCGCUUUAACAAACUCACCAGUUUUUGCUGCUGGAACAAGAACUUUAACAAGCAGUGACACGAACAACAGCGGCGGUAACCCUUCCCAAAGAAGAACUAAGAUGAAAAAAGAACUAGCAGGAAGCCCAGCUUAACCAGUGUGCGUUAUUACCAGCAAACCAAAGGCCUCUUCUGUCUUUCUCGAUCCAAACUGGAAAGUCACAGCAAGCUUCUCAUCCAAAUUGGUAAAAAAAGACAGAAAAAUAAAGGAGAAAGGAAACUCUUUCUUUUAGUGCUGUACACACUACUCCUAGGUCUGCACUUUGUGUGCAUAAAAGUAAUUGUGUCUUUGCUUUCUAACCGAUGCUAGUGCCUUGUGUGUUUUUGCUGUCUUCCAAAACUAUUUAC